AUGUGCCUUGGCGAGGUGCCCGUGGAAUCACGCCCAGGCGAGGCAAAGGAGAAGCCGGCAACGACUUCUGAUGUGGAUGAGUCAGAUGAUGACGCCUGGAAACGCUGGCUGGCUUACUUCCACGAGACAGACCAGCUGGAGGAGAGCAUGGGAAAAGUGAAUGAGGCGUUGGAGGAGGCAGUGGCACGGGAGCAGUACGAGGAGGCAACUGAGCUGAAGGCCAGGCUGGAGGAGAUUGAGGGGAGGGACACAGUGAGGAUGGUGAACAAGGCGCUCAAAGCGGCUGUGGCCGAGGAGCGCUUCUCCGACGCCGCCCGGCUGCGUGACGAGGGACUCGUGGGCCUCCAGGGCUGGUGGGUGGCCCGCACGCCUGACGACCCCACAGGCAAGAUCGUCCACAUCAAGUCUGAGUUUGGUCGCUACACGGGUCGGGCCUUCACCCCAAGAGACAUCGCUGAGGCCAACGGAUUCACAGACCGCAGCCUGGGCUCCCCCAUGUUUGGGGAAGAGUCACCCUCAACGUCGCUUGAGGAGUCGGGGGCCCUUGUGCUGGAGGUUUUCUUGCGGGAGGAGGCCAACGGGUCGAUGGGCCACCGGGCGUGUGCGUUGCGGGGACCGCACCCGGAAGAGAACGCGGACGGGUCGCUGUCAUUGGGGGAGGUGGGCGAGAGCGUGGUGGUGGAGAGCGAGAAGGAUGAAGGCGGGAACAUCGUGAAGAUGUCUGUGACAUUUGUCAAGGAUUCUGACGAGGAAGGGCGGGACUUGCGGACAGAUCCCCAGGAGGCGCCAACGUCCCUAUUGUUGGAAGAGAAUGAGCCAUCGCCCAUCGUCGCCUCCGAACUAGGUGCGGAUCUCUCCGACCUCAACCUGGACUCAUUGACCGAUGACGAGGCAGAGUACCACGUGAGGGUCCCUGCAGAGCUGCGCUGGCGCGACAGGGACCACUUCGUGGUGCAGGUGGCGGGCGGUGAGAGGAGCACCACGGAGGGGCCGCAGACGGAUGAGCUGGUGUUUGGGGACUCGACACUUGGCGGGAACCUAGACAAGGGGAUAGAGCUGCAGAUUGCCGGUGCAAGGCCAACAUCCCUUGGAGACAUAAUCAGCUCACAAGCAAGCUCAUCGACUGAUGUCCUGGAGGAGCUGAUGGCAGUGCUGAAAAAAAUGCAUCUAGCCAAGACAGGGAAGAACCUGGCUGUGGACUUGGGCCAGAUCGUGAGUGCCCUCGGCAACUUGAUCGGCACGAAUGACUUCGAUGUGCAUGCAGUGGCCAAGGUGGCCCAGCUGUUGCUGACGAACAUGGGCCAGGAACUGAGCUUCGAGGGCGAAGUAACGUUCUCCCGGAUACCCACUGACCACGCGAAGACAGACCCAUUCUGUGGCCUGUAUCUGGGGGCUUUUGGACCCCAUGGCCCUGAGCUGCUGCUGCUCCGGCGGUCACUGUGGGACGAUGGCGAAGAGUGCAUUCAGGGCAUCAAGCUGACAGGGGACGUCAAUGUGCCUGCGGGAGAGGUGUCCUUCAGGGUGAAAGUGGGCCGCAAGCACCGCCUGGAGUCCCGGGGCGUGUACCCUGAGGACCUGGGCAUCGUCGCCCGGUACCAGGGCCAGGGCCGUGUCGCGGAGCAAGGCUUCAGGGAACCCCACUGGGUGGAGGGGGAGCUGCUGCAGUUCUCAUCAGGAGGGGCACCAGGCCACAGGCUCACAGGCGGGGCGCAGCUGGGCUUCGUGUGGGCUGUGCCUGGCACGCGGCGGUUCCUCAUACUACUGAAUCGGAUGACCCUGCCCGAGUCCUGA